AUGUUCGAUAAUAUUUCUCUAAAACUAUUACUAUCUCUGUGUAUAUUUCUUUUUUCUAUUCAAUCAAUAUUAACACUUCGUUGUUAUGAAUGUAAAGAUUGUACGGAUGUAUCUUGUCCAUGUGAUAAUAUAGUUGAAGUUAAUGCAAAUGAAUCAUUUUGUAUUCUUCUACGAGAAAACUUGUCAAAUGGUAUUAAUGUUGAAAUAAAACAUAUACCAAGAAAUUUUGCAACUCAUUAUGAAUAUACUCCAUACUACAUAUCAGUAGAAGAAACGAUUAUUUAUAAUAAAACCAUAGAAAAAUGGUCAAAUCAAGCAAAUAAAAUAGUCUAUGCAUGUCAAACAGAUGAAUGUAAUCGACCCAAUUUAUUAAAAGAAUUACCAGCGAAUGGUUUGUCAUUAUCAUUACCUUCUGAUUGGCUUAAUGAAAAUCUUCUACGCAAAACAGAUCAAAAAAUGACAACUUGUAAUGAAUGUCCAGAUGUGACUGUAUGUGGUAAUAAACCAUAUUUUGUUAGUCCAGAUCAAUGUAGUAUUCAAGAAUGUGAACACUUUUGUAUAAUCGGCGAAAAAUUCACAACUAUUGAAGCAACUGAGUAUUGUUAUACAUCAUUUUGUGUACCUUCAGACACCCAGACACCUUCAAUUAUUAUCGAAGCUGUUUAUUAUAUACAUAACAAAGACUUUCGAAUUAAUGAAACUGAUAUUAUCUGUCAUGGAGUCAAUUGUAGUCGUUUAGAAAUCUUUCGAGAUAUUAAAGAAAAAAUACAAAUAGAUUAUACUGGUGUCAAACCAUUUUUACCUGGAAAUCAUGUUAAUUCCAUUUAUUCAACAUCAAUGAGUAUUUUAUUAAUUACGAUAUUUUUUCAAAGUUUAAUUUCUUAUUAG